AUGGAAAAAGAGCAAUAUCGGUCUGUGAUUCGAUUCCUGUUUCUGGAUGGGAAGACGUGUGAAGAAAUCAAAGAAAAGUUGCAUGCCGUAUAUAAGGACAACGCACCUUCAAUGACUAUCAUAAGAUAUUGGUACAACGAAUUUAAGCGUGGCCGAACAUCCAUUUUUGAUGAAGAGCGUCCAGGUCGUCCGAUUGAGGUGACUACGGAGGAUAUGGUUAACAAAAUCCAUGAUAUCAUGUUAGCAGACCGCCGGGUGAAGAUCAGAGAGAUUGCUAACGUUGUAAAGAUCUCAACUGAACGCAUACAUAAUGUCCUACACGAAACAUUGGGCAUGAAAAAGCUAUCGGUGAGAUGGGUGCCGCGUUUGCUCACAGUGAAACAAAAACGGAAUUGCAUGACAACUUCAAAGCACUGUUUGGACACGUUUAAGCGCAAUCCGAAAGAGUUUCUGCGGCGUUUCGUCACUGUUGACGAAACAUGGAUCCACCAUUACACACCAGAAACGAAAGAACAGUCUAAACAGUGGACUAAAUUCGGCGAAUCUGCUCCAAAGAAGGCAAAAACGGUUCCAUCGGCCGGAAAGAUCAUGGCCACCGUUUUUUGGGAUUCGCGAGGCAUCAUUUUCACCGACUAUUUGGAGAAGGGAAGGACAAUCACGGGAUAG